GCAGUUUCCUCUUCCUCUUCCUCUUCCUCUUCCUCCUCUGUCCCUCCUUUCUCAAAGUCCCCACCACCUGCGUGCUCCCUGUACACACACCCCCAUUACCAAAAAGUUCUAUAUUCAGAGAGAAUAAAAACGAAAAAGGAAAAGAAAAAAGAAAAAGAAAAGAAGGAUAUUUCAAAAGAGAAACACAAACAAACAGAGAUAAUCAAAACCCUAGCUCAAGCUCAAGCUCAAACUCAUCCAUGGAAAGAGCUUACUCUCACACCAGACCACCUACAUUCUCCUCCAAGAAGAAACCACCUCCACUUUCUUCCUCCUCUUCUUCUUCAAAUUUCCUCAACAAUGGCGGAUUCUUCACCACCACUUCUUACGACGACGUUUUCGGCGGUCCUCCUAAAUUUACUUCUACUUCUUCUUCUUCAACUUCGACUUUAGCUCCUCGUGCUGAAGACUACACUGAGAUUUUCGGAGCUUUUAGGUCAUCUUCUUCUUCCUCCUCGCGUUCGUCUUCCUCAAUUCCUGUCCUCGAUCUUCCUGCUGUUCCCGACGACAUUCACUCCGCCGCCGCCGCGCUCUUUGAUUAUUCCGAGGUUUUCGGCGGUUUUAAUGCUGUCGAUUUUGCUGUUCCCUUUGAUCAACUGUUUCGCCCUUGCGAUAGCUCCUUUUGCGACGGUGAUGGCGACGGAGACGCUUCCUCCGAUGAAGCCUGGACCCCAGUUGGUACAGAGUCACUCUCUGAUGAUUCAGAUCCAUUUGCUUUAUCAGAAAACAGCCAAUCCUGCUCAAGUGAAAAUUAUCAUCAACCAUCCGAAACCAAACAGUUUAACGUUUCUUACCAUAAAGUCAAUCCAGGAGCCAGCACAGAUAUGCCAAACAUGACACAUAUAGCUCAACUGAAUGGCGUGUCUGGUUAUACUUGUGUAUUUGACGAAGCCACAUCGUUGAAAGAGACAGGAACUGAAAUGUGUUCACCAGUUGUUGAUGACACUGUUCUUAGCACGGUUUCCUCGUCUGAGCUCCCGCAGAAAAAUACAAGGAAAGCUACGUCUCAUGCCUCAUAUGAUAGUACUGGAUUGAAGUCAUCCAAUAGUGAUCAAAGAUCUGGAAAAGCAUGUGUUGGUAGCAUAUCUCAUGUAAAUUCUGUAUUUGCAUCUGUAUCUGAUACCAACCUCAGAACAGAACCAUCCCAUUUACCGCAACCAUCAAGACCGCCACCUGUACUAGCAAGUAACGGAGAUUUUAGCGAGUCAAGUUCAAGUCCUAUGGGUUCCGAAAGGUGUGGUUUGGAGGCAAAUGUUGAUGGUAGUUUACCACCAUUCUUUGACAUGGAGGUGAAUGCAAUGGAGGUGGAUGCGAGUUCUUCCGCCGCAGCUUCUGCUGCUGCGAUGAAAGAUGCAAUGGAGAAAGCUCAAGUAAAACUUAAAGCUGCAAAAGAGUCGAGGGACAGAAAGGACGGAGUUCAGUACAGUGGAAAGCUACAGUCAGAAACUGAUAUUAAUGGUGCGAGUAAUGUUCAUGGGGCACAUGAUGAAUGUUUAGCUGGAGAGACCAGAGUGCACGCAACGAGUGAUAGAGGUCCCAGUAAGAUGAAAAAUUCUGCUAAAACUAGGCAUGCUAAAAAUGCCUCACAGAAUUCACCAGAUAAUAUGGGUGUUGAACAGCCUACUGGUUCCUCAGGGAAACCAGCUGAGACAAAACAAGGGAAGAAAAUUAGCUUGACCAAAGAUACAGAUGUGACCGGUGAAUGGAAGGAGGCUAGGCAAUAUUAUGAAUUUGUAAGCAGUGACACCACUAGAUUAGCACCACAGCUACCCAGUCGUAAUGGUGAUACAAAGACAGGAACCAAACAGCAGGCUGAUGAUGAUCGCGAUUCAGAUUCGGCUGGAGAGGCUUGUAUAACAGGAGAAAGUAGGCGAAGGCUGAAAGCGACAAAAGCAGUAUCCAGACAAGAAUACUAUGAGAAAAUGGUCAAGGUGGCCCAAGAAGUUCAUGACAGUGUGAUCUGCGGGCAUGUGGAGCCUGACAAAAAACUGAAGCGUAGGUCUCAGGGAAAUCCAAGACCACCAAAAUCUGAGUUGAUCUAUGAACCAGGAUCUAAUGAAAUUUCACAAGCUCAAAAAGUGGAGGAAAAUCCGGGUGAGGCUAUCCAGAAAGAAACUGAGAAGAGAUCAACGGAUAUGCUUGAGAAAGAAGAGUGUAAGAAAGAAAGUGAGGCUUGUCAUAGUGAACAGGUUGACAAAAAUGCAAAAGGCACCCAUGAGAGCAGGCUUGAAGAGUCAUCUGAAAUCAAGGAAGAAGAUAUGAGAGAAGCGUAUGAAAUGGACGAGAGUGACUUUAGAGUGCAAGAUCCUGUAUCGAGAGUAGGACACGAGCGGAAAGCAGAAGAGUCUGUCGAAAGACUAAGGACUGAAAGUAUACCGGAAGAGGCUUCUAAGACUAAAAGGAACAAGGAGUCUAGGGAAGUGUCGGGCAAGAGAUCAAAGGAAUCUUUUAAGGAUGUUUUAAUUGGAGAUAGAAUCAAAACAUCACAUGGUAGUGAAGAAAAGGACAACACAAAAGACUUGCAGCAAAUGAAAGCUGCAGAUAAGAGAUUGAACAAAGCUUAUGAUGAUGUUUCUGUCAGGGAGAGAUUGCAAAGAACAUGCGAAAGCCAAGAAAACAUCACAGCAAGAAACUUGCAAAGAAAAGCAGAAGAUGAAACUCAUCUUGAGCAAGCAGUUGAUGGCCAAGGACCUGAGAAAUCACUAGAAAAGUGUGUUGGUCUGGAGAAGUGGCAAAAAGAUAAAGAAGCUCCUGAGAAAACAAGAAGUCAAGGGCUUUAUGAAGGUCGUAAUCUGAUAAGUGACCACAAAAACAUUGAAGAGGGUCAGAAACAAGAUGAAAAUAUAGAGAAGAAGCUUGAGAAGACUACUGAGCUGGAGCACAUGGGGUAUAAGUCUUUGCAGGCAUGUGAUUCAGAAAAUACUUGGAAAAUCAAUGAGAACUCUGGUGAUAGAAAGGUUCAGAAGGGUCAAUACAUAAGUCACAUAAAGAUCGAGUUGGUGGAUGAGGACCAGGGUCCUCGUAGCAUCCCAGAUAGGGAGCCUCCUACAGUGGACAAACAUCUGAAGUCAUCUAACGUGACUAAUCUCUAUAAGACUGGUGUGCAACUGGAUAUGUCCUGUAAACCCAAUAUGUUACAAAAGAAAAAUGACGGUUCCCAGGAGGCGACUGCUCUGAAAGGAAAUGGUGAGAUUGGCACUACAUCAUCAGAUGAAAAAAGCAAGUUGGAAGCAGAGAAAACUGUAGAUGUGCUGACUGAUGACAGACGAGUAGAACCUACUGCUUCUGAGUUGGGUGCUAAUGACCAUGUGUUUGAGGGAAGAACAAUGCAGGCCUCAGAUUCUCUUGAUUUGACUGACAAUAACACCGAGACAGAUAAUGUUUGUACUAGAAACGAACAAACACCGAAGGAGGAGAAAAAGAAAGUUACACAGUUAGCUUCUAAUCCUAAUUUGGUGAAGGGUCUCAAUGUUGGAGUAGGAAGAAAAAGAAAUUUGUUGAGGGAGGAUCAGGUUCUCUUUGACCAUGAGGAGAAAGUUAGAUCUACACCUGCUGAAGAUAUUAAUGGGUUUGAUGAGCAUUCUAGUAAGGAAGAACAAGAAGUAGAAGUAGUUCAUACUGUACCGUCCGAGGGGAAGGAUAGUUUCCAGAACGUAGGCCAAAGCAUUGAAAAAAAGGGGAAUAGAGUUGAGCAUAGUUUCUCUUUAGAAGAGAAAGACGAAAAAAAAGAAAUAGACCUGGAAGAAGAACGUCUUCGUACGCUCGAGGAAGAGAGAGACAGGUUAAGAGAACGGGAAAAGGAUAGAAUGGCAGUUGAAAUAGCAGUUCGUGAAGCCCGUGAUAGGGCAUAUGCAGAUGCUCGAGACAGAGCUGAAAGGGCUGCUCUGGAAAGAGCGACAGAUGAAGCACGACAGAGAGCAAUGUCAGAGGCCAGGGAGAGAUUAGAGAAGGCAUGUGCAGAGGCUAGGGAGAGGUCAUUAGGUGACAAGUCAUCAUCAGAGGCCAGAUUGAGGGUAGAGCGUGCUGCAGUAGAACGAGCAAACGCAGAAGCUCGUCAACGUGCCAUUGAGAAAGCAAUGGCCGAGAGAGCUACUUUUGGGGCACGAGAACGGAUGCAGAGAUCAGUUUCUGAAAAGUAUACAUCAGAGAGAGAUGUGAUCAUGAGGCAGAGUUCUUUCCCCACACAGAAUAGUGAGAGGUUUGAAGCAGCAAAUAGUGAACCAGCUGAGAGGUGUAAGGCCAGAUUAGAGAGACAUCGCCGAACAGUAGAACGGGUGGCUAAAGCACUUGCGGAAAAAAAUAUGCGCGAUCUUCUCUCUCAAAGGGAGCAAGCAGAGAGAACUAGGUUUGCUGAAACUCUUGAUGCUGAUAUCAAAAGAUGGUCUGGUGGCAAAGAAGGCAACUUGCGAGCUUUGUUAUCAACAUUACAAUAUAUCCUCGGGCCUGAUAGUGGGUGGCAUCCACUUCCGCUAACAGAAGUUAUAACUGCCGCUGCGGUGAAAAAAGCCUAUAGGAAAGCCACUCUUUGUGUGCAUCCUGACAAACUACAACAGCGCGGUGCAACUGUCCAACAGAAGUAUAUAUGUGAAAAGGUUUUUGAUCUCCUAAAGGAAGCUUGGAACAGAUUCAACUCAGAGGAGAAAUAGUGUAUAGGCUAUUGAGAGCCGAGGCUAUGUAUUUUGGUAUAUUUAUAUUUUUAGAAGCGUAUAUAUAUAUGUAUGUAUAGCCACGAGUCUUGUGAAGAUGUACCUGGAAUGUUGAAGCUGAUGUUCCUGUUUUACAGAAGGAAGGAAGGAAGGAAGUCCAGGUUUAAGGUG